GUCAUCAACUCGACGCCAAGACAAACAGAUAUCUCAAACCAAAUAUAAAUAAAAAUAAAAAUAAAAACAAAAACAUAAAAAGCAUUAGAACAACCAAACCACCGAUUGUAAAUCUACUUCAAACGAAAUCAGUAUUAAUUCUUUGUGUGACACACUCGCUACUGCUGUUGCUGAUUUUACAGCCACCUCUGAACUACGCCCAAGUCCACGUCCAUCACCAAUCCAGAAACAGUAUGGCUAGCCCCGAUAGCAACAAUGUGGCCGAAUUCUCGCGCCGCUUGGCCACAUUCUCGAUCAAUGUGUACAACAAACUGAUCACGCAGAAACCCAAUCAGAACAUCAUCUUCUCACCCUUCUCAAUUCAAACCUGUGCAGCCAUGGCCCGCCUAGGAGCCGUAGGCGAAACAGCUGCCGAAUUGGAUCGCGGCCUUGGACUGAUUUCGAAUAAUGAAGCACAGAUUGCCGAGAGUUUCCACAAUGUGCUCGCAACUUACGAGAACAGUAGUAUUCUGCAUAUUGCCAACAAGAUAUAUAUCAUGACUGGUUUCCAACUCAAAGAUGACUUCAGUUCACUUAUCUCAAAACAGUUUCUAUCCGCUGUCGAACCCGUAGACUUCUCCAAAAAUGUUGAGGCUGCAGGUAAAAUUAACACCUGGGUGGAGCAGCGCACCAAUAAUCUCAUCAAAAAUCUGAUAUCACCAAGUGCAUUGGGUCAAGACUCGCGGUUGGUGCUGAUCAAUGCGAUACACUUCAAGGGAAAUUGGGUACAUCAAUUCCCAGAACAUAUGACUCACAAUGAACCUUUCCAUUUGAACGACGCUGAUAGCAUUGAAGUACCCAUGAUGAACUUGAAGAAACGCUUCCGAUAUGCGAACCUAGGUGAUCUGGAUGCCACAGCACUGGAAUUGCCCUACAAAGACUCGGACUUGUCCAUGCUGAUCGUGUUGCCGAAUAGCAAAACUGGUCUAUCACAACUGGAGGAGAAACUUCGCAGCACUCCGCUAUCCCAGAUUACGGGAGCACUCUACUCGACCGAUGUGAUUGUCAAACUGCCGAAGUUCAAGUCUGAGUUCGAGGUAGAGUUGACAGAGACCUUCAAGCAGUUGGGCAUGACGCAUUUGUUCUCGAAUGAUGCGGACUUCAGCAAAAUGCUCCAGAGUCCUGAGGCGUUAAAGGUAUCGAAAAUCAUUCACAAGGCCUUUAUCGAUGUGAAUGAGAAGGGCACUGAAGCAGCUGCAGCCACCGCAAUGGUUGUAUCUUGUGAAAUGAUGAUCAUCUCAUUUGAACCGGAGCCCAUCGAGUUUUUCGUUGAACAUCCAUUCUCUUAUUACAUUAUCAAUGAGAAUAAUGCGGUGCUGUUUGCUGGCAAGCAAUGUGGAAAAUUUUAAAUUUAAAGAAAACAAAAUUUUGUCUAAAAUUAAAGUCAACGCUUUAAGUUUUAUUAAAGAAAAAUUAUUUAUUGGCAGCUUCUAAAUUAUAAUAAAAUUUUUAAUUAAUUGCAUUUACAUUAAGACGAAUAAGUUAUAUAUCAAAGAAUCCACAACAUAUUUCGGUACAAAACAUAUUUAUCUGCUUUCCUUGAUAGGGUAAUCAUAAAAAAUAUAUACAACAUAUAGUAUUUUA